AUGGCCCAGGAGUCCGACAAAGCCGUGAAGUACUACACAGUGGAAGAGAUCCAGAAGCACAACCACAGCAAGAGCACCUGGCUGAUCCUGCAUUGCAAGGCGUACAAUUUGACCAAAUUUUUGGAGGAGCACCCUGGUGGGGAAGAAUUCUUAAGGAAACAAGCUGGAGGUGAUGCUGCUGAAAACUUUGAGGAUGUUGGACACUCUACAGAUGUUCGAGAAUUGUCCAAAACAUUUAUCAUUGGGGAGUUGCAUCCGGAUUACAGGUCAAAGAUAACGAAGCCUUAG